AUGACUUCGCAAAAUGGCAUCACAACAACUACAGAACUGACACCAGAAAAGGAUGAAUACGUGCCCAUUUUAUUUGACGAAGCUGGUGAAAAGAAAAUCUCGAUAGAUGGCGAACUACUUGGCGACCGUGAAUACCGUAUUCAUACAUUCACGCUGCCAGGCCGCGGAAACAAGCUUUUCAUGAUGGCCACAGAGUGUGCCAAAGAGCUAAACUAUCGAGAUUCGUACCUUCUAUUUAAUAAAAACAAGUCACUAUACAAAAUGAUUGCCUCUCAAAGUGAUAAGGAAAAACUUAUUGCGCUCAAAAUUCUUUCUUAUUCCUUUAGGUCUCGGCAAAUAGCACUAGUAACGGCAAGGUCAAUAUUCCGCGAAUUUGGUGCCAAAGUUGUAAAAGAUGGAUAUCGCGUUAAAGAUGACUAUUGGGAACAAAAGGCUAUAGAGGCAGGGUUCACUGAACAAGAUAGAGUCGUUUUUGAUGCAAAAAGAUAUGGCGGUGGCCCAUCAUCUGUAACAGUAGGCCCUGUGGCUCCAGCACAGGACUCAUAUCCCACGCAACGGGGUGGGGGAGGAAGUGGGGGUGGCAGUGGUGGAGGUGGCGGGGGUAGCGGAAUUAAUAGUAAUAGCCAUCAUGGGCCUGGAAGCCAUCAUUCUCAUCAUCACUCCCACCACCACCAAUCUCACUACGGACACCACAGUCAAUUCCAAGCUUUUACAGCAUCUAACGCAUACAGUUCUCAUAACCCUCUUCACCCACCUCCCAUGAGUAUGGCUUCACACAAACCGUUACCGUACCUUUCGGGCCCUGCUGCACAGUUCAAUAAUGCGGAAUUACACUAUCCCAUUGGACUCUCUAGCAUUGGUACUUUCCGAUACGCCACAACACCUAUCCCUUCAAAUCAUGGUGUAGGUGUUGUGCCAAUGAUUCCGCCACCACUUGGAUUUAAUUUCAACCCGUCUCUUGGAGUGUUUACUAAAAAUCCAGCAACUGCCCCCCCAGAUUCAUUUCUGCCAGGUUCAGAUAUCUCGGGUUCGUUUGAGUUUCAGGACCAUGCAGGAUUCGCAGCCAUUCUUUCGGCAAAUAGCCGCGAUUUGGCCGAAAGUUUGGCAAGAUUUUCACCCAACGGAAAUGGAGCAGCAGACAGUGCAACGUCUGUUACCCCUGUGAUUGGAGGCCCUGGACGUGGAUCAAGCAAACUGCUGACCGCAAAACUGGCUCUUUAUUUGGGCUCUGCAGAACGUGCACAGGACGUGGAAACUUUCCAUUCUGUGCUUAACUUUACUCACUAUAUUAACCAGCAGCGCAACCACCGGCGGCUUUUGUGGGAAACUUUCUGGCAACCAAAAUCGCUUGUACAAAUGGACUUUGACAAACAUGCAGUUGAGGAUAACCGCAAGCGACGAAAGCUGUUCCAUGAGCAGGUCGAACAGAGGACCAAGAAGAUUGAAGAAGUUAAAAUUGAACAUGCAACGCUUGUGCGUGAAGCCGAAGAAAACAAAAAAAGGUUGGCUGAAGAAGCUGCAGCGGCACGCGAAAAGGCAACCAGGGAAGCUGCCGAAAAGGAAGCCGCAGAGGCCAUGGGGAAGUCAGACUCAUCAAAGAGCUUACUGGAUGAUACUUCCAAAGCACCUUCAUCAUUAUUUUUUAAUGAUCAAGAUGAUCCCAUGAACUUUUUGAACACUGACAGUCUCAUGAAUGACGACGAAGACGACUUAUUUGGCACAAAACCCAAAGAACUGGAAAAGACUGAGGAACAACCACCUGUAAAGCUGGACCCUGAACUUACAACAACCGACUCAACCAAUCCUCCCGAACCCAAGUCUCCAAUUGAGGUUGAAGAAGUCGAACCUGUUGAGUCUCUCGAAUCAAUGAUUUCACGGAUCCCCAUUCCGCGCGAACCCUCGCCGGAACCCAAAAUUGUGUCCUUUACCGAGACUGGCGUGUACAUUGAGCGUGCUCCACAAACAGUGCCCAUUGGCUUUACAAAAUACAUUGCUGGCGAGCUCGAAAUGCCACAAGCAGAAAUGCAACUUCUCCCGGACCCUCCCCUUGCUGUUCAGCCUUACGAGCCCACCGUGCGCCGGCCUCUAGUUUCUAAUGCCAUGCGUCCACCUGUACCUGCUCCGGGACCUCAACAGGGACCUCAACAGGGAACCCUCCCUCCACAACAAAUGCCACCCGGAGCUCCAGGACCAGGAGUUCCACCUGGGUCGUCACAUCCACCAAUGGGUCCACCGGGAUCGACUGCACCAGGAUUCCCUCAGCAGCAGCAGCAGCAGCCACAGGUGCCACCAAACAAAAUGAUGCCUCUAAAUAACUCUCCCAUGCCGUCCCCCGCACCCAACCCUGUUCCAGCGCGCAGAGGACGAACUCCUGGAACAAGAGGUCGUCCGCCGACUCGUCAUUUAAACCGUGGAGGUGGUCAUAUGGCUCAUGGAAAUAUGAGUGCGGGUCAGAUGCAAAUGAAAACACCAGCACCAGGACUUCCAGGCCCUCAGCAAGGUCCUCCGAAAGGUUCUGUUCCUCCGCCACCAAAGCAGCAGCAACAACAACAACACCAGCAAGUGCCACCUCUACUGCAGCAUCAGCAUCAGCAACAUCAACAUCAACAUCAACAGCAACAGCAACAGCAACAGCAACAGCAACAGCAACAUCAACAGCAACAGCAACAUCAACAGCAACAGCAACAUCAACAGCAACAGCAACAUCAACAUCAACAUCAACAUCAACAGCAACAGCAACAGCAACAGCAACAGCAGCAGCAGCAUCAACAACAUCAGCAGCAUCAACAUCAACAGCAGCAGCAACAGCCACAGGGACCAUCUCCUUCACAACAGACUCCAGCACAGAUUCAGGCUCAAGCACAGAUUCAAGCACAGGCACAGGCGUUAUUAGCAGCUGCGGCUCAGAACCGGUUGACGCCACAGCAACUUCGCAGCUUGACUCCGCAACAGAUUCAUGUGUUGCAACUCGCACAGCAGCAACAGCAGCAGUUUGCACAUAAGCAACAGCAGCAUGGGGCAGGGAUUGGAGCCGGAAUAGGAGGCCCUAUGAAUCAACAACAACAGCAACAGCCAGGUGGAGGAAUAAUACCGCAACAGCAGCAACAACAGAGAAUGCCUCCACAGAUGCAGCAGCAAAUGACGCCGCAGAUGCAGGCACAGUUACAGCAGCAGAUGCUACAGCAGCAGCAGCAGCAACAACAACAACAAGGUGUACCGGAUUGGCGUGCUCCCGGUAUCGGUGGACCACGACCGGGCGGGUUUUAG